AUGGCACAGCAGACGAUUCAGCUGGAUCAAGAAAAAUUGAGCUGUUCCAUCUGUCUGCUACUUUUAAAGGAUCCAGUCACUAUUCCCUGUGGGCACAGCUACUGCAUGGCCUGUAUCAAAAACUACUGGGAUGAGAAGGUAGCACACAGCUGCCCUCAGUGCAGAGAGAUUUUCACACCGCGGCCUGUCCUGGUGAAGAACACCAUGUUAGCUGACUUAGUGGAGGACCUAAAGAAAGCAGAACAUCCGACAGCUUCAUCUGAUCAUGUCUGUGGACCUGAAGAUGUCAAUAUUCAGCCUCACUACAACGUAUCUCCACCAAAGAAACACAAGCUCAUCAAAGCCACUUCAAAGCUUCAGGAGAACAUCUGCCCUCGCCACGAUGAGGAGAUGAAGAUUUUCUGCUGCACUGAUCAGCGGUGUAUCUGUUAUCUCUGUUUAAUGAAUGAACACAAAGACCACGUCACAGUGUCAGCUGCAGCAGAAAGAGCCGAGAAGCAGAAAGGGCUUGGAAGAAAUCGGCAAAAAUUUCUUCAAAGAAUUCAGGAAAGAGAGAAAGAUGUGAAGAUAAUUCAUCGAAAAGUGGAGGCUAUCAAUCUUUCUGCUGAUAAAGCUUUCAGAGAAUGUGAUAAAGUUUUCAAAGAUUUGAUCAGUCUCAUUGAGAGAAAAAGCUCUGAGGUGAAGCAGAAGAUCAGAUCCAAACAAAAAUCUGAACAGAACAGAGUCAAAGAGCUUCAGGAGAAAAUAGAGCAGGAGAUCAGAGAUCUGAGGAGGAGAGACACUGAACUGCAGCAGCUCUCACUGACAGAGGAUAACCUCCAUUUUCUAAAUAACUACUCCUCACUGUCACAUCUGAGUGCAUCUACAAAUGUACCCACCUGCAACAAUCUUACUCUGCAGUACUUUGAGAAUGUGACUGCAUCUGUGUCACGGACCAGAGAUAAAGUGAAGGCUCUUCUCAGUGAUGAAUGGCCCAAAAUCUCAGUUGGAACGGCCAAAGCAGAUAUUUUACUGCCUCAAGGAGAACCCAAAACCAGAGACGAAUUUUUGAAAUAUUCUUGUCAGAUCACUCUGGAUCCAAAUACACUAAAGGUUGACUUGGUGGAGGAGUGGGUGCCUGGUUAA